GCAGGCUGCCCAGGACCGGAUGCCCUCUCUGUACCCCUCCGACAUAUUAGUGUGAGUGCGCAGUGCCAGGCCGGGCCAGCAGCAGCAGCAGCAGCAGCCGACGCAUCAUCGCACGUACUUUACGCACACUGGAUGCACGGAGGCAGAGACCCGGUCGAGGAUGCUGCUUACACCGGCUCAGAAGGGCUUUCUCUCCGGGUUCAUUUACCAGGUCAGAAUCUCAGUUUCCUGUGCGGCUUGUUUGUACUAAAAAUGGCCGGAGAUGGCGGCGCUCUGAAGGAUAUCAAUGAGAUUAAAUCCCAGUUCCGGACCAGAGAGGGCUUCUACAAGCUGCUCACCCUCUCGGACUCGCAGCAGCGGGGCGGACUGCCGCGGGGUCCGUCCGCCGGAGCCACGCUGGGCCCAGGGGCUGGACCCGGUCCGAUACCCGGUGGAGGGGUCGGGCUACUGCAGGGGCCCGGGGCUGCCGCCGCUGCUGCCGCCGCCGCCGCCGCCGCCUCCUCUUCCUCCAAUGCCGCAGCCAACUCCUCUCCGGCGGGCUUCCUGCCGCCGGUCCGGGUCUCCAUGGUCAAGCUGCAGCCCGAAGACCCGAGCGAGGAGUCGGAGCGGGUGUGCUUCAACAUCGGCAGGGAGCUGUAUUUCUACACGUACACCAACAUCAAGAAGGCUGUAGACCUCAGUAAGCCCAUAGACAAGAGAAUCUACAAGGGGACACAGCCGACGUGUCACGACUUCAACCAGUACUCCGCCACAGCAGAGAGUGUAGCUCUCAUCGUGGGUUUCUCAGCUGGACAGGUCCAGUACCUCGACCCCAUCAAGAAGGAAACCAGUAAACUCUUCAAUGAGGAGAGGUUGAUAGACAAAUCCAAGGUGACUUGUCUAAAAUGGCUUCCCAAGUCAGAGAACUUGUUCCUGGCCUCCCAUGCCAGUGGCCACCUCUACCUCUACAACGUGGACCACCCAUGUGGCACCACGGCUCCACAGUACUCUCUCUUGCGGCAGGGCGAGGGCUUCACCGUCUACGCCUGCAAAACCAAGACGCCACGCAACCCGUUGUUACGAUGGGCCGUGGGUGAGGGAGGCCUCAAUGAGUUUGCCUUCUCUCCGGAUGGUGUGCAUGUGGCGUGCGUGGGACAGGACGGCUGCCUGCGCGUCUUCCAUUUUGACUCGAUGGAGCUGCAGGGGGUGAUGAAGAGCUACUUUGGCGGGCUGCUGUGUGUGUCAUGGAGCCCCGAUGGGAAAUAUCUCGCUACAGGCGGAGAGGAUGACCUGGUUACAGUAUGGUCAUUUGCAGAAAGCCGUGUGGUUGCAAGAGGUCACGGCCACAAGUCCUGGGUCAAUGUGGUGGCAUUUGACCCCUUCACGACUUCCCUGGAAGACGAUGAGCCUAUGGAGCUCAGCGGCAGCGAGGAGGACCUCCACCAGGGGGCGCCAAAUAACUCCAUGCACUUUGGCCGGGUCCGAACAAGUAGCACGUUGUCGCGUCUUUCUCGGCACAGCUCUAAAGGAGGCAGUUCGGCGUCGGUCACAUAUCGGUUUGGCUCAGUGGGGCAGGACACCCAGUUCUGUCUGUGGGACUUGACGGAUGACGUGUUAUACCCACGCCUGCCGCUGUCCCGUGCCUUUACUAACACUUUUGGACCCUCGCUAUCCAACUCUGGCAGUGGUGUGGUCAACAGCACCUCAGGUGGGGGAGGAAGUGGAGGGGUUGAGGGGCACCAUCACCCUCCUAACACUAACACCGGCACCUCCAACCCACCAACGCUCCCCUUACCGCUUCCUCGCUCCCUUUCUCGCUCUAACUCUCUGCCCCACCCCGCUGUGGCAAAUGCCUCCAAGGGCCAGGGUGCCUCAGAGGGCAGUGGGGGAGGUGGAGGAGGGGGAGGGAACAGCACCGGAGGAAACAGCACCCCUUUCAGCAUCGGUCGCUUCGCCACGCUGUCACUCCAGGAGCGCAAGUCGGACAAAUCCGGUUGCAGCAGCGGGGUGGAGAAGGAGCACAAGAGGUACCACAGCCUGGGCAACAUCAGCAAAAGCAACGAUAAGAUCAACGUGGCGCCGAGGAGCAACCGGCUGGACGCCGCCAAGGUCCUGGGCACCACGCUGUGCCCACGCAUGCAUGAGGUGCCACUGCUGGAGCCGCUGGUGUGCAAGAAGAUUGCACACGAGAGGCUGACAGUCCUGGUGUUCAUGGACGACUGCAUCAUCACAGCCUGCCAAGAAGGUCUCAUCUGCACCUGGGCACGGCCGGGGAAGGCGAACUUGACAGCACAGAACGGGAACUCUCCGAGUGGCACAGUGGUAUAGCUGGAGGAGAAGCUUUGCACUCCAUCUCCUCCCUCGUUGUCUUCUCUCUGUCCAGCACCCUCUCCACCGAUCCUCAAACGUCAAAUUAGGGGCCAACAAUCAGAGACCUUCAUACCACUGCAGUAUUAAACCCUCAGUAUUACUCUCUGUACUUGCCAUGACCCAAACCCUGUUCCUUAAUGAUUUUACUCUCACAACGGCCAGUUAGGUGGGAAACACUUCCAGAGUCGUUGGCACAUGCAGUAUGAAACUACCUUCAAGGGAUUAAUGAUUGCAAAGAUUCAAGCUACCUUAUCAGGUUAGUUUGGCUUAGAUUAGCUACAGUGGAUCAUAUAUCUGAUAUGGCCAAAAGUAUGUGGACACUCUACUAGUUCCAGUGAAGACUUACUAGUACAGCAAAUUAUGAUAUUUUACACAUAACCAUGUUCUUCCAGCUUGGCAGCUUGGGGAAGUCUUUCCUGUUGCUACAUGACAGUGCCCCCAUGUACAAAGUCAGGUCCUUUAAAGAAAUGGUUUUCCCAGUUUAAAGAACUUUAUUGACUAAUUGAACUCUUUCCAGACGAGAGGAAGGUCUGUGGUUUUCUAAUAUCAACAAUCACAUAUAGGUUCAGGCAUCGACGUACCUUUGGCCACAUAAUGUAUUUAAAACUCGAACCUCGGUUCUUAUCUCCCAGACAAAGGCAACAGCCAUAAAUAUUUUAGUGUUUUGUUCAAAAUUCAAAUUUCAUGACUCACUCGCUCUUCUUGUUUAUAUAAUUUACAGCCACAGAUUCUCUGAUUUUCUUCAGUGCUAUUUUUUGUACAUCAGGUACAAAGAUUAAAUAAGUUUUCUUUCUAGCCAGAAUCAACACAAAAUGACUCUGUAAUGGAUUUAAGGUUGUUUGUUACCAGUCAUUCACUUUUAAAGUGAGUCUAUAUUCAGUUUAACCCAUAGUUAGGUCAGAGUUUCCUCUCAAAAAUAUCACGUGUAUGUAACUGUAGAUUUAAAGGGCAGCACUUGUUCCUUUACAUUACAUUAGGAAGGAAAUCUGAAAUGCUAAAUGAUCCCUGAUGUUAUUAUGGUGGUCAGCAGUAGGGCAGGGCUGUAGCACUGUGCUUCAGGGAGAGUUUCCCACCUCACGCCGUUGUGGGAAUAAAAUGUAUUCCCAGUGCUUCGGCCCUCUGCCUUCACCUCACCCGGCGGUGAUUUUCUGCACAAAGACUGCAUCGAACAAACAGAGAUCGUUUAUCCUUCCUGUCUGCAGCCCUGAAACCACGUGGAGCGAACAGCAGGCCGUACUCUGUCUUCAUUCGUCCUUCAGCCUCCUCCUUCGUCCGAUCCCUGCCGGUACCCCUUCAUGCAAAAGACUCUGCAAAAGCCACGGUCAUUGUGUUUAAGUUUAUUUAUUUUAUCACAAGACUGUGUAGUAAUUUAUAAUGUAAAUACUGAAAAUACUCUAUAAAUACAAAAAGGACAAACGUGUAUGGAAAUAAUGACUUGACAGCAAGGAAAUGAAGAAAAAAACAGGAAAGAUGAAGAAUAUUAAUAUAUGAAGAUCCUUCUAUUGUACAUAGCAACCACAGUUAAAAACUGAAUGUCUGCUGUUUUAGGGAACUUGAAGAUGUCAAUGUGUUUUUAUUUCGUGUGAUAGAGUUUCUCCAGUUUGUCCCUGAAAGCGAGCUGGGUUUAAUCUGUCACCUGAGGCAGAAGCAUUUCGGGUCCAGUGCGACUUUUUAGAGACUGACCCGAGUCGAGCACAGAGAGCAAUAUUCGGAGCGGCUGCUGGCUGUACAUUUUCAGCUGACUGUCCCAAGUUAAUAGGUCCGAAUAAUACUAAUUCUCCUCUACAUCACAAGCGAACAAACAGCAUCUUUAAUGAAUAACCUGCUCACGAACAAACACACACACUCUUGCACAUUCCGAAAGUUAAACUGCUCAAACACACACACACAUACACACACACACAAUCCCCUUAUUAUGGUGUAGCAUCAUAUAAACUGUGUCUUGGACUCCAUUCCUGUUGCACCUGAAUUGCCUCUUGCAAGAAUUUGCACAUACAAUAAAUCCACAGUCCAUCCUGAGCUGCCAUGAGUGACACAAAGUGUUAUUGUGUUGUUUGAUCUGACCUCUGUGCAGAAACAGCUCCUGUAAUCCCUCCAUUCACUGGUACGUCUUCAGAGGAAACGAGAUUUGGAUUUAUAUCCUUUUUUUAAAUUCUGCUUAUCGAUUUUUGGUGCUUAUUGUAUCUUUUUGUUCAGAUUCCUGAAUAAGGAGAGAAAAGAGAAUAUGGUGCGAGCAGAAACCACCUGUAUUUUUCAGGAGAUUUGGGCUUCCUGCCAUAAAUCUGCCCAUGGGCAUUUUGUGAUGAUUUGCCAUGCACAGGUUGAACAUGCAAAUCAUCUGUUCUACAUUUGUUUUUGCUGGGGUUUGGACGUGCAGAGAUUAGCAGAUUUUGAGGCAUUAUAAAUCUGACAGUGGACAUUAAAAACUCUGCAUUCUAACUCUUUUUGGUCUUUAACUUCAUUAUUUAGUCUGACAUUGUGUUCGUGUCGGUUGAUUUCUGUUUGGGAGGGGUUGUUAGUUUGCUCUCUCGACACAGAAGCUGCAGCAGCAGUUGUUAGGAGCAGUUUGUAUGAAGCCUGUAUCAAUUUAAGAUCGGUUAGCUGUGCUAGUGGCGAGGGAUGACAACAUCUGUCUGUCUGUCUGUAAGUUAGUUCAGACUCAAAACAAAUAAAUCUUGGAUGGACUGCCAUGAAAUUUUAUUACCAGAGGAUGAAUUCAGCUGACUUUGGUCUUCCUCUCACUUUAAAUCCAGCACCAUCAUGUGAUCAAAUAUAUAAAUCUAAUGACAUUCCCAUCAGCCUCAGCUGUACUUCGUGUUAAAGGGAUGGUGUGUAGGAUUCAGUGGCAUCUAGUGGUGAAGUUGCAACCAACUGAAUACUGCUCGCCGUCCGUGUGUGUGGGAGAAAAAGGCCCUAUAUAGAGCCAGUUCCUGUAGAAACAUGGUGGUUCAACAUGGCCUACUCUGUAGACGAGGACCCGCUCCCUCUGUAGAUAAAACCGGCUCAUUCUAAGGUACAGAAAACACAACCAUGCUUAUAUAUUCAGUUGACUGUACACUAAUGAAAACAUACCUAUGAACAUUAUAUUCCAUAUAUUCCAACAUUAAACAUCAGUAUGUGAGUUUGAUAGCUUUUAGCUCAAAGCACCACAGAGCUGCCAGCGUGACUGUAGACUCUUAAAAGUCUGCUUGUAACAACAGCUGCAGUGAUUUCAUCCCGGCGUGUCUCUGUGGUCACUAUACGUCCUGACUGGCACAGGAAGAUGAGCUCUGAUUGGCUCGAUUUGAAUCACUGCAGCAGUAAAUAAAUAUUCUGUAACCAGGCUACAGGCUUUAAUGCAGUGAUGACUUCACUGUGUCUGUACUCUCUUUUGUCACAUUAAGACUCAUUUUUGAGUCCUCCAUGUUGUAAACAUGAUAGGAAUGUGAUGGCAGGUCCAAAUGCUGUUUUCGGGAAUCGAUGAGCAGAAUUGAAAAGGCAUGUUUAAUGAGGAAUAAUUGGUUGUUGUAAAUCUGGAACUGGUUUGAAUUCAGAAGCAGUUCUCAGUACCCUCGCUGAUAAUCAACACACCUGCAUGUGAAACCAUUCCUGUCCACUUCUGCGCCAUCAACCAGGGAGAAAGGACUGCCGAGGUGUUUCUGAACAGGAUCAGUUGUUUUCCUUUUAACAUGCUUCUUAUUUUGGGGCCAUAACAAACUACUGACUCCUGUCUUGUACCUUGUGUGACAGCUCGGUGCCAAUUGAAAGCUCACAGUGCAGCAAACCGGCAGUAUUUUCAUCAGCCUUCGUGUUCUUUCUUUCUUUCUUUCUUUCUUUUUUUUUUUUUGCGGGUUAUAAAGUUACCUGUCUGACAAUACAUCCUAUAAAUAGCAGAGCAACUUCCAGGACUGCAGGAGCCAAGGUUAUGCCCUUGGAUCCGCAGACAAACCACCGGGUCCCUCGCACUGUGUUUUGAGCCGGUGAGAGGGUAUUGUUGCAGCCCAUAUCUCUGUCGUCAUAGCAACGGCAUGUCUGCUGAGUGUGUCUUGGAUGAGCUCACAAGCUCUGGGGUCAAUCUCGGCUUUAAGGAUAAAUUAAUGCUUCAUCACGAUGUCUGAGCGGAGAGGAAGAACUAGAUCGACCGUCUUCGGGUGUUUUAAAAGGAAUAUUUCAUGUUAAAAUUAUCCAAACUGAAGAUUAAAAACUUCCCCUGGAAUAUUUUGAAUCAUCUCCAAACAGGUUGUGCAGCUUAGACCAAGUGUUUUAUAGUUAAAUGUUUGGGUUCACAGGCUUUUACAUUAAAACACAUUCUGAUCACAAGUGGGCAUUGUUGAGUAAAGGUGUGAACCUGAUUUAAUGUCUCCACAUCUGCAGGUGCUCAGGGAUGCAAAUGUGUUCCUGGCUGCAUUAAAGUCAGUAUAUUAGUGUUCAUACAGAGUCGGUGUGUAAAGAGAGGACUCUUCAUUAGCUGUCUUUCCUUUGUUUAUUCCAUUAUGGGUUUUUUUUCUGUGGGAUUUGUGUGAAAACACUGAUCGCAGUUCUCUUUCUACCUCUACAAUAAUAAUAAGUAAUAUGUGUAUUUCUCUUUUUAGAGGUCCCCGAAAGUUAAAAUGAAACUCGAGUGAAGAACUGAAACCAAACCACACGUGGUCAUUGGAGAUUGUAUUAGAUGCACAUUCUGAUGCAGGUGUCCAAUAUCUGACACCAGAGCGUCGUGGUUGUUUGUUUUGCCACAGAAACAUUUGAGUUAUGCUGCACAAGCUGUUUGAAGGGAUUUGAUGGAAUAUUUGAGUCUUCUUUCUGUGGGAUGGAAACAUAAACAACAACAUAAACUAGAACUGGAAAAUGUUGAGAAUACUGGAAACUAAUUAAUUUCUUAUUUACUUGGUAAAUUAUAAGAGUAUAAGUUGUUGUCCCUUUGCUUGUAUGUUUGUUUGUGGAGAACAUCCUCACCUUGACAGGCUGACAAACUAAUGUAACUGUAGCUGAAGGAGGUCAGAAGUAGCGUCGCUCACCUGGCCAAAGAAAACUUUAAGAGAAGAUCUUCAGAUUCUAAUGAGAAAGGUUUAAUGCGGCAUAUGUUACACGGUCCCUCCAGGCAGUUUGCAGGAUUUUCUGGGGAUUGUUGUGGCCUAAAAUACCUGAUUUCACGGCAGCUUUUCUCAAGAAAUUACGUUGUUUAUAGGCUUUUUUCCCCCUUUUUUGCAAUGAAGCUGAAGUGAAAAUCACAAAAAAUAUAGAUUUUUUUGUUGCUUUUUUGUGUUAUUCAUUAAAACUCGAAGGCAACUUGUUUCCGUGAGAAUAAAAUCUCUAGUAGUUUGGUGAUAUAUGGCUGAACACUUUGCUCGAGGGACAGCUGUGAUUGGUCUAACUUAUAAUGAUUCACAGGGUUGAACUGAUUAUUAAAUUCCUCCAUUAAACACAAUCCUCCAGUUCAAGAAUUCAUUUCCAAAACAAAAAGAACUUGAACACUCUCUAUUAAAGACGCUGCGUGUUAAUCAACCUGUCAUCCGAGGAUUUCCACUUACUUUCUGUGCUUUUUGAAACAAACAUCUCUUUUCUCCUCACUUUUAUUUUGAUGUUUCACUGUUUAGAUCCAGCUGCGAAAGGUGACGGUAAAGAACAGAGUAAAUACUGGAUAAAGGGACGGUGAUUGUAUUAAUGAGGCUGUGGAAGUGUUAGAACUUAGAGUCUAAAACCUUCUUAAUGAGCACUGAACUGAACGGGACCAGCUGGAGCUCCACCUGAGUACAGUUCGCUGUGUCCACGAGCAGAAAGGACAAAAACCAAACAGCGUCGAGUCAAAAUGAGACAAAAAACCUGAGCCGACAAAGUUUAAAUAAUAAAUGAGGAUGCCACACUGUAUUUAUUCUCUGAAUGUCUCGUUCAAACAAACAAAUAUCAUUCCAUGUUUAUUUUUUAUUCACAUUUCAGGCUGAACACAAACACUUUAACUGCUUUAAGGGUUGUUCUUUUUUUAAUGUAUGUUUCUUAUUUCUCUGUAUGUAUGUGUAAAAUAUGCAUUAUCUAUUAUCACCAUACAGUUACCCCAUGCACCACACACACACACACACACACACACACACACACACACACACACACACACACACACGCUUUCACACACUUUAUGCCUGAUCUGGUGGAAGUUAUAACGGCAGAAUGACGUCACUGUAUCCAGUUUGUAUAUGGAGAUCUGUUAUUAAAACGUUAAACCUGAAACAA